AUGUUGCUGACCCUAUCGGCGUCGUCCAUUCCGUCGGAUUCCCUCGCUUUGCGCUCCACAACGCGACGCCCCUACUCGCUGCCGUUUCGCGCCCUUUCGCGCGCCGCAGCCCCCGGCAAGGAGGGGGCUUUCGCCGCGUUCGCCCCCCGCACAUGCGUCAUGACCGCCGCUGCGCCCAUCGCGGACGAUCUGCGCGCGCUGGACAGUGGCGCUCACCUUCCCCCGCAGGACUCCGCGGGGAAGAGCUCCGCGGACUUGGAGCGCAGGGAUGAUGUCGCGCAACAAUCUCGCGGGGAAUGCUCGCACGCGGAGAAGCGGAAGCUGAACGCCAGCGCCGAUGCCGACGAAUGCCGCACUGGCGGCGAUGCGGCGGCGGCGCCGCCCGAGGGAACGGAGAGCAAAGCCGACUCGACGAGAUCCGCGGAACCCGCCGCGAAGAGACCCCGCGGGAGCGCCGAUCCCGGCGAGAAACCGACACUGGCGCAGCUGGCGGAGACGAUCAACCGCGGCAGUGGCGGCGGCAUCUCGCCGCGCCCUGCUCCCGCCUCACCGCCCGCCGCCGCGCCUCACCUUGCGCCUGCGGUUGCUGCUCCGCACCACUCCUCUGAGCUUCCGCCCCGCCUCCCCUGGGCGUCGCCGCCCGUUGACUCGACGGUCAACGCGACCGCCGGCUGUCCCGCUGCUGACGUGGAUGACAAGUCGGGGGAGAGCGGCGGCGCGGGGUUGGAGGAAGAGGAUGAGGCGGAGGGGGAUGAGGGCGAGGGGGAAGGCGAGGAGGCGGUUGGCGGGGUGACCGCCGCGGAUGGCGGCGCGUGCGGCAAGAAGAAACGGUACCGCUACAAGCGGCUGUCUAAAGCGGGUUACAUUCCGGACGACGGGCAGCACUGGCACAAAUACGGGCAGAAGAAUCUCGUGGAUGCCGGAUACUGCAGGGCGUACUACCGGUGCGCGCGGCGGAGCGCGGGGUGCGCGGCCAAGAAGACGAUCGACUUCCCCAUUCGCUGGGGGCUGGACAUGCGCGUCACGUACAGCGGCUCGCACACGCACGGCCUGCCGCCCAGGCUGCAGCGCGAGGUCUUCACAUACGCCACCACGCCCGCCCAGCUGCCGCCCAACAUCUCCGUGCCGCCCAACGUGCUCGCUGCUGCUGCGGCUGCCACUGCUGCUACAGCCGGGGUUGCUACAGCCGGGGCUGCUACAGCCGGCGGUGCUACAACCGGCGCUGCUAGCUCCUCUGCUGCGUCUGCGGAAUCCAAUCCCGCCAAUGCCGGCCCGUCCCCCAUCUCCCCUCCGCUCACUGCUUCCCCCGCCCCACCCGCCCCUGCUCCUGCUGCUCCUGUUGCUUCUGCUCCUGCUGCCGCUACUCACCCUGCUGCCUCUGCCCCUCCUGCUCUCAACUCACCUGUUGUGCGCGGGGCUGGUAACCAGGUAACUGGUAACACCGCGCACGCAUGCAGUCCCGUGCUCGCGCCUUACGCCGGCGCUGCGGGGUGCACUGGCAAAUCGCAGAUAGCAGUGCACUACCAGCCAGACACGCUGACUCAGCAAGGAGUGGUGUCCAAACGCCCGCCCAUGCUGCAGGCCUCCCCGCAGCUACAGCCGUCCCAGCUACAGCCGUCCCCGUCCCCGCUACAACCGUCACCGCGACAAUCGCCAGCGCUACAGCCGGGGGUGCUGCAGCUACAGCCGUCAGCUUCGCCAGUGCAGCAAUGCACGCCUUCCCCUCGCCUGCAGCAGGGCGCACAGCCCCAGCCACAGCCACAGCCACAGACGUGGGCUGCUGUGCCGCCUGCAGGGGCGGUUACCAGAUCGCACAGCACCCGAGCAGCAACUACCCCCCACGCGCACCACUUCUCUACUCUCAGUGCUGCUGGUGGGGCCAGUCAAGAGGGGACAGCAGCACAAGCAGCGGCGCAAGCGGCCCCUCAGGCUCAGCAGGGGGAGGGAAUGAUGCUGCUGGGGAAGUUCAUUCCAUCGCCCUCCCCGUCCCCGUCCCCGUCCCCGUCCCCGUCCCCUUCCCCUGGUGACUCGCCGCGCAGACGCCUGAAAAGAGAGGAGCCGUUUCCGGUGUGUCGGGAUGAGCAGCAGGGGCGCGUGGCGAGGGCGAGGGGGGGAGGUGCGAGGGGGAGUGGAGGCGUGGUGCAGCGGCUGACAGCGCAGUUUGAUGCUCAGUGUGAGGCACGGGGGGCUGCUCAUGGUGCUGCUGGUGCUCAUGGUGCUCAUGGUGCUGAUGGUGCUGCUGGUGCUGGUGCUGCCGAUAGUGCUGCAGGUCCCAUACAGCUUGUUGCUGACUUGAGAGCAUCAAGCCAGAAGGAGGUCAACCUGAACCUCUCUCUCUAG